AAAUCAUACAUUUCAUUCAAGUAAUCCAAGUCCUCUCCUUCUACAUGGACCACUUCACUAUUUAACGUCUUCAGACAAAGGUCAUCUUAAUAUUUCACCUACCGUGUGAAGUACUUAAAAGGUACUAAAAAUCCUUAUUAUAGCACGGAUAAUAAUAACAAUUUUUAUUUUUAUUUUUAUUUUUAAGAUACGGGGUGGGAUAGGGGAAAUGGAGCUGAGAUUACAAGGCAGGAAAUUCAAUCAACCCUUACGAGGUAAAAAUUUAGGUAGCAUGGAUUCGAAUUUUCUAACCAAAUGUCGAUUGCAUGGUUUUUCAUAUGAAUAAGGCAUGGUUGGGCGGAUGAUUAUUUAAAUUAUUUGUUAAAAGAAAAAUAUUUAAAAAUUUCAUGUCAAGAAUGAUGAAUGUGAAGGGAGUUUGGAGUACCUGGUAAAGUUAUUGCUAUGUGAUCAGGAAGUCACAGGUUUUAGCAGAAAUGCAAGGUAAAGUUGCGCACAAUGUACCUUUGUGGUCGAGCCCCUCUCCGGAUCCUGUGCCUACUCUUUUAAAAUGAUGAAUCUGUCGCACCAUAUAACUGGCUGAUAAUUCUAACGGUCCUUGAAAAGAACUGUUUACCCUCUUCUUGGAUGGGGAGGAUAAUCCAAAAUAGAGAAUUGGUAACCACCAAACAUUUUAUUAUAACAGGUGUGAACUAAGUAUAAGUAAAAUAUAUAUAUAUAAAACUGCCCAAGUACAUGUACUGUAUAUAUGAAUGAGCAAGACUACAUCUAUUCACUUGGAGGGUGGAGCUAUAAUAUAUAUUUAACUUGACAGUGGUUGUUGGGCUAAGUCAGCCCAAAGACGAUUUUCUCCAAAUGACCUUACACCAUUAAAAAUAUUUUCAUGCCUUAUAAAUUGCUUAUUUUUGUCAUGACUUUCUUUAUUUCAGUUAUUUCGUUCUCUAUAUAUAUUGCUUUAAAUUGUUUACUCUUAAACUGAGAAUCUAUCAGAAACCAUCUCUACCUCUAAGGUAGUGGUACAACGCGCAUAUAUUCUACCCUCCUCAGAUCCCGCUUCGUGGGAUUACAUUGGGUAUGUUGUUGUUUUAGGUUGCUUGUUUCUUUCCGUGUGGGACUUUGUUGGCCACCCAAAAAGUGAGUACUACACAUCUCUAUUAUACUUCAUCCAGCCAUGCUUGCGGUGGUGAAGCUUGACAGUAGACUUGGCAGCUGAUUAAGACAUGAUUAAAGUUUGAGACUUGGCAGAGAUGGAAAAUCACCCACCACUCAAUGAUGUAGAUAUGUACGGUUGUAAAGAAGGUUUUGUUAUAUCGUGCUUGACAGUGAGUAAAUUAAACAAAUGCACGAUUUGGACACUUUGAUCUGGCCAUGUGGCACGAUAACUUCUAGUCACGGACAAAGAGUUGGACACAGGAAUUAUAUGAACUGUUUGUAAACAUCCAUGUAAUUGUAAAAUGGAUGGAGCCUUGUGUGGCUCAUAAUUCUUCCCAUUUGUCCUAGUCUGGGUGGACAUAAUUACCUAGUAUAUUGUUGAAGGAAAGUGGUAGGUAUUCCGUAGUGUUAAUCUAGAUAUGUGUAAAUUGAUUCGAACACCACACGGUCAUUAAAAAAAAUAUGGAUGGAGCCUUGUGUGGCUCAUAUUCUAACUAAUUCUUUCAUGGUUGAACAACUGAGUGAAAAUAAAUUAAUUAAGGAAGCUUCUCAAAUGUGCAAUUCAACAACCUUUGACUUCUCUUUUAAAAAAAUCUUGGUAUUAUCGCAUAAUUUGGGAUGUUUAAAUUUCAAGCUUCUUUGGGUUGUCUCAUUCGUCCAGUCCACAAACAUUUUCCAUCAAGGCGAGCAAUACAAUAAUAGCUUUACCCAGAACCUAAAUGGCAAUCGUGUGGAUAUUCUUCAACCAUUCAACUUGACAAGAAGAGAUGUUGUCAUCUCUUUGAGGAAACUGGUAAUUUUUGGAAUGGACUUUAUUUCAAAUCAUGAGUAACAAGCAGCGAAAAUCAAGACGAAAAGCGUUUCGGUUGUGGUUUAGCAAAAGAAGCAGCAGGGCAGAUGCAUCACAUUUAAGCGAAAUUUCAGAUAACGACGAUCAAGAUGAUGAGUGCAUGGAUGGUCUCUUUGUUAGGUCAAUGGAGAGGGCACCAUGCAAUCUAAACAAUGAAUUGAGAAUCUUUGUGGGUACAUGGAAUGUUGCAGGAAGAUCUCCUGUGGGAAGUUUAGCUGAAGAUUUGGAUGAGUGGCUGAAUCUGAAAGAAGCAGCUGAUAUUUAUGUUCUUGGCUUCCAGGAAAUAGUCCCUCUGAAGACUAAAACUGUAAUUGGAGCAGAAGACCCUACAGAAGCUACUAACUGGAACGUGCUCAUCGGUAAAACUCUAAAUAGCAAGUAUGGUGGUGCCUGGUUAACACCCAUGGUCAAUCCAAUCACUAGUUAUAAAUACGAUGGAGCCGCUGAAUCAGAUAGUAGACUGAGUGACUAUGAAAUAGCAACUUCACCAAGAGGACAGUCUAGAACUGAAUAUGAGCCCUCAGAUCAUGUUGGUAGUUACAAAUUGAUGGCGAGCAAGAAGAUGGUUGGUGUGUUCAUUAGUGUUUGGUUGAGAAGGGCAUUGCUAAAGAAAUAUUGUGUGUCAGAAGUGAAGGUCUCUUCAGUAGCUUGUGGCAUUAUGGGCUAUUUGGGAAACAAAGGAUCAGUCUGUGCGAGCAUGUCCAUAGGAGGAACUAGUUUUUGCUUCGUGGCAGCUCACUUAGCCUCAGGAGAAAAGAAAGGUGACGAAGGGAAAAGGAACCAUCAAGUCUCGGAAAUUUUUAGGAGAACAUCUUUCCCCCGGGUGCUGCCUGAAGACCGCCAUAAAAAUCAUCCCCUCACCAUCUUAGGACACGACCAGAUAUUUUGGUUUGGAGAUCUCAACUACAGAUUAUACUUGGAAGACAAUUUAGCAAGGGAAUUAAUAAAGAAGGAAGACUGGAGUGCCCUGCAAGAGUUUGACCAGUUGGGGAAGGAACUAGAAGACGGUGGAGUGUUUCAGGGUUGGAAAGAGGGAAAUAUAGAAUUUGCACCCACAUACAAAUAUUCUUCUUCCAAUUGCAAUCGUUAUUCUGGUGGACUUCCAAGCAAAGCAGGGGAGAAGCAAAGAACUCCAGCGUGGUGUGAUAGGAUCCUAUGGUAUGGUAAGGGAGUGAAACAGCUUUCCUAUUUCCGCAGUGAAAGCAAGUUCUCUGACCAUAGGCCCGUCUCUGCUUUAUUCUCUGUAUUAGUUGAAGAUCAAAAGCGCGCCCAUUCAAGUUUGGUUCCAUCUCCUCCUUUCAGCCCACUUCACAAUUCCUAGUAAAUAUGUACAAAUCAAGAUUAAUAGAGACGCUAGAUCUCCUCUCUUAUCAUUGAUUAUGCGGAAUACAGAAGGAUCAACAACAUACAUGCACAUGGGAAAACCCGAAAGAUGGCUUCCUUGUUUGGCUGAACAUACAAUUCAUAUUUUUACAAAUCAAUUACUUCCAAUCCUUCAAAAAAGCACUUCGGUGGGUUCACUUUCAAGCCCCUCAUAACACCCAAUGAUAGGAGGUGGAGCAUGAGUGGUGACCACAAUUCAUUAGGAUAUUAGAGGCAAGCCCAUUUAACUUUCUUCCUUAGCAAUACCAUAGACAGCUGAAAGAACACAAAUACAACUAUCCUUGUGGUAAAAGUACGUCUUGUUUUACAGCUUCCAUUACAUUUGUUCUCUAGUAAGUAUAGGGGGAGUGAGUAGAAAAACUAGAAGUGUCAAUUAUGCAAACUAGCCCUAUCUAUAGUAAGCCAAAGCUUAGCCACAGAUAAAGCCAAAGGAAGAAAUCAGAGAAGAAAUGUAAGCACUUCAUGGUCCUGUUUUUGACUAUCAUCAGUUUAAUGUCAUGGAUUAAUCACAGAGCUA